CACCCGCCUCCCGAGGCCGGCGAGGAAGAGUCCAGAGGGGCUGGAAGAGGCCGCCCGCUGCGGGGUCGCCCUGCCCCCGUGCCCUCCUCGCCUACCUUCCCCGCCAGGUGGUGCUGCCUGCUUCUGCCCCCCGGGCGAGGGGCCAUGUCCACCGGCUCGCUGAGCGAUGCCGAAGACUUGCCCGAGGUGGAGAUGCUGGACUGCGGCGGCGGCCUGAAGAUGGGUCGUCGCGGCUCCCCUCGCCCUCCUGCCCUCCGCGGCGCGUCCAGCGAGAGCCACGAAGACGAGGGCGAGCAGCAGCUGGGCUCCCCUCCUGCCAAGGGCCGGGCAGCGGCAGCAGCAGCCCCGGCGGCGGCGGGCAAGAGGAAGAAGGCGGCGGCGGCGGGCAAGAAGAGCCCGCUGAACGGCGUGGUCAGCCAGGAGGGCAAGCAGGUCCAGAGGAACGCGGCCAACGCGCGGGAGCGGGCUCGCAUGCGGGUGCUGAGCAAAGCCUUCUCCCGGCUCAAGACCACCUUGCCGUGGGUGCCCCCGGACACCAAGCUCUCCAAGCUGGACACCCUCCGCCUGGCCUCCAGCUACAUCGCCCACCUGAGGCAGAUCCUGGCCAGCGACAAGUACGAGAACGGCUACAUCCACCCCGUCAACCUGACCUGGCCCUUCAUGGUUGCUGGCAAACCAGAGAAUGAGCUUAAAGAAGCAGUGAAUACAAAUCGGCUGUGUGGUCCUACAGCAUCCUGACCCUGGAUUUUCAAGCAUGGAAAGCCAGUCUUCUGUGUGUAUACACUGUGUGUGUGUGUGUGUGUGUGUGUGUGUGUGUGUGUGUGAGAGAGAGAGAGAGAGAGAGAGAGAGAGAAGGGGGGGAGAGAGAAUGAAUGUUGGGGGUUGCAAAUUAAAUGGGAGAUUGCCUCCCCAUGGAAAAACACUAAACCGAAGUGGAGACCAAAUACACCGUGCCAACCCCGCUCCCCAAACCCAACCACCCUCUAAAACCCAACACUCCAAAGUGCAUAUAUUUAACUUUAUUAACUUGUAUAUAUUUGAAUAUUCUGCAAUGAGGCCUUGCUGGUUCAAGUGCUGUUCUCUGGAUCCAACCAAACUUUGCCACUGUCUCUUUCUGUGUACCCUACUCUGUGAAAGACGGCGAUUCCUAGAAUCAAUUACUCUGAUAGUCAUAACUCUCUAAAACAAUGCACAUUAAAGAUAUUCUAUGGAUAUAUUUUCUUCAGACAGAUUUUGCUAUAUUUUGUGUGAAUAAAAAUAAUCCUUAACAGGAAAAGAAAUUAAAACAACACACAGCAGUAUGGGCUUUUUAUUCUUUUUCUUUUAAAGAAUCU